AAUCAAUGUGCUGGUAAAACAACGGAAUGUUUGGAUUAAUGACAUUGCCUAGGCCCUAGACCGGGAAUCGACAAACCUUUAACCUAAUAAAAAAAAAAAAAUAUAUAACCUACAAUUUACCUAUUAAUUUAUUAUUCCAAUGAUGAAUAAAACUUUACCAAAACACUAAACAGUGAAAUCGCCGACUUUUCAGUGCAAAUCUACAUUACCGGUGUUAUAAAACAAGUUACACUUAAAAGAAGUGCAUGUUUUUUAGAAGUAGAGUAUAAAAUUGUAAACAAAUAAGAGGUUGCUAUAAAUUAUAUAUCUCUAUAUUUAGAAAGAAUAAGCAAGAUUGUUAUUUCUAUUAAAUUAAUGCUCAUUGAAAAUAUCAUACAGCUGAAAUGUUAAAGGGCAUGGUGAGUUUGGUAACUGGAGGUGCAUCAGGGUUAGGAAAAGCUACUGUUGAAAGGCUUGCUAAAAAUGGAGGCAAAGUGGUUAUCCUUGACAUCCAAGGCACCAGAGCCCAAGAAGUAGCAAAGUCAACCGGAGCUGAUGUUAUUGCUUGUACUGGCUGUAUAACAUCAGAGGAGGAUGUGAAAAAGGCAUUAGAUAUUGUUAAAACAAAGUUUGGUCAGUUAGACAAUUUAGUUAAUUGUGCUGGCUAUGCACAGAGCCAUCAGAUAUACAACUUUUAUAAAGAUAGAGAGUGCUCUUUGGAGCAUUUUACAAAAUGUGUAAAUGUAAAUACAAUAGGAACAUUCAAUACUAUUCGGUUGGCCGCAGGAUUGAUGGGCAAAAAUAAACCCUCUGAAUCCGGUCAGAGAGGUGUUAUUGUAAACACAGCAUCCACAAUAGCUUUAGAAGGUGAUAUCGGGCAAGCUGCAUAUGCUGCAUCAACAGCUGCAAUAAUUGGAAUGACUUUACCCAUUGCUAGAGAUCUAGCCCCACAGGGAAUAAGGGUUGUCACUAUAGCACCAGGUGUAUUCGAUACUCCACUAUUGUCAUACCUACCAGAGAAGAUGAUAGAGUUCAUAAAACGUAUGACACCAUUUCCGUCGCGGUUGGGUAAACCCGAAGAGUACGCUCAUCUGGUGACCAGCGUCAUAGAGAACCAAAUGUUGAAUGGCGAAGUGAUUAGGUUAGAUGGCGCGCAGCGAUGGUUCCCGCUUUGAUCAAAGAUAGUUAGAUUAAGACUGAAAAUAAAUUUAUUGUAGUUAUAA